ACCAGUCGUCGGCUCGUCUCAAGCUACUACUACCAUCUGCAUCGACCAGGGGUGAAUGCCCGCGUGCACGCGCUAGCUCUGGCUGAAUCCAGAGGCCGGCGGACCGUGCCUGGUCACUUUCGUCUCCGGACAGGACCCCCUCCUAGCUUAUCCUCCAUUAUUGAUGGAUCGAUGGAUGCUCGCCUCCAUUAUUUCGAUGCCUUGAUUUGAUCCUUGCCUUUCUCGUUUCUCUUGCUUCGAUCUCCCUCCCCGGCCGACCGCACCAUAUGCACGUCUUGGCCGGUUUCUCUUAGCUAGCACGUAGUAUGUACGUGCCCAUCUCGGCUGGUUCUCCCUGGUUCUUUGAUUUAGCUGGGGUUGCCAAGAAGGAAUUCAGUGGUAGCUCUUUCUCGACGCGGGAGCAAUGAAGAUCUCCAGCUUCCAGAGCACGAGCACGAGCAGCGGCGGAGCCACAAGCGGCUCCGGCUCCGGUUAUGGCACCUCCCGCUCCUUCAACCGCUCAUUCAACCUUCGGAACCUGUCCAAGCUCUUGCUGCCGCCCCUAGGCUACAGCCAGUCCCCUACCGGCCGCCCCGACAAGUGGGUCGUCUCGCCUCUCGACUCCAGAUACAGGUGCUGGGAGACGUUCAUGGUGAUCCUGGUGGCGUACUCGGCGUGGGUGUACCCGUUCGAGGUCGCCUUCAUGAACGCCUCCCCGAAGGGCGGCCUGGAGGUGACCGACAUGGUCGUCGACCUCUUCUUCGCCAUUGACAUCGUCCUCACCUUCUUCGUCGCCUACAUCGACUCCAGCACGCAGCUCCUCGUCCGCGACAGGAAGAGGAUAACCCACAGGUACCUGAAGACAUUUUUCAUCCUGGAUGUGGCGUCGACGAUCCCCUUCCAAGGCCUGGCCUACCUCGCAACCGGGAAGGUUAGGGAAGGCUGGGUGUACACCGUGCUCGGUGUCUUCCGGCUGUGGCGGCUCAGGAAGGUCAAACAGUUUUUCACAAGGCUAGAGAAGGACAUCCGAUUCAGCUACUUCUGGAUUCGUUGUGCACGGCUCAUUGCGGUGACUCUGUUCCUGGUGCACUACGCGGGUUGCCUGUAUUACAUGAUCGCAGACCGGUACCCAAACCGGGACAAGACGUGGAUCGGCGCGGUGACACCCAACUUCCGGCAGGAGAGCCUGUGGAUGCGCUACAUCUCCUCCAUCUACUGGUCCAUCACCACCAUGACCACCGUCGGCUACGGCGACCUGCACGCCCAGAACAACGUCGAGAUGAUCUUCAACAUCUUCUACAUGCUCUUCAACCUCGGCCUCACCGCCUACCUCAUCGGCAACAUGACCAAUCUUGUCGUCGAGGGAACCCGCCGCACCAUGGAAUUCAGGAACAGCAUUCGGGCGGCGUCCAACUUCGUGAGCAGGAACCGCCUGCCGCCGAGGCUGCAGCAGCAGAUCCUGGCCUACAUGUGCCUUAAGUUCAGGGCGGAGAGCCUUAACCAGCAGCAGCUUAUCGACCAGCUACCCAAGUCCAUCUGCAAGAGCAUCUGCGAGCACCUCUUCCUCCCCGUCGUCAAGGAGGUGUACCUCUUCAAGGACGUCUCAAGAGAGACUCUCCUGCUCCUGGUCACCAGGACGAAGCCGGAGUACAUUCCGCCCAAGGAGGACGUGAUCGUGCAAAAUGAGGCGGCGGACGACGUGUACAUCAUCGUGUCCGGGGAGGUGGAGAUCAUCCACUUCGAUGGUGACCGGGAGCAGGUGGUGGGCACGUUGGGCACCAGGGACAUCUUUGGCGAGGUGAGCGCGUUGAGCGACCGCGCACAGUGCUUCACGUUCCGGACCAGGACGUUGAGCCAGCUGUUGAGGCUGAAGCAGGCCACGCUCAAGGAGGCCAUGCAGAGUAAGCCCGACGACAGCGUCAUCAUCAUCAAGAACUUCCUCAGGCAUCAAAUUGAAGUGCAUGACAUGAAGGACUUGCUGGGUGAGAGCGCCGGUGAGGACAGCAGCGGCGUCAACAUUCCGUGCAAUCUCCUCACGGUCGCCGCCACUGGGAACAGCAGCUUCCUUGAGGACCUCCUCAGGGUUGGGAUGGACCCUGACGUAGGCGACUCCAAAGGAAGAACUGCGCUGCACAUCGCGGCAUCAAAGGGGUACGAGGAGUGCGUGCUGGUACUACUCAGGCAUGGCUGCAACGUGAACAUCAAAGACUCGCAGGGCAACACGGCGAUGUGGCAGGCCAUCGCGGCGCGGCACCACAAGGUGUUCAGCAUCCUCUACCACCUUGCGCGCGUCUCGACCCCGCACGCCGGCGGCGACCUCCUCUGCCUAGCCGCGCGGCGGGGCGACAUCGACACACUGCGGGAGCUCCUCAAGCACGGCCUGAGCGUCGACUGCGAGGACCGCAACGGCGCCACCGCCCUGCGCGUCGCGCUGACCGAGGGCCGAGCCGACGUGGCCAGGUUCCUUGUCAUGAACGGCGCCAGCGUGGACAAGGCCAGCCACGACAGCGCUGGCGCCGCCACCCCCACGGCAUUGGUGGCGGAGCUGCGCGAGCUCGCGAAGAGGCGGGAGGUCGGCCACCCGAUAACCAUAUACGACUCGCCAGCGGACAGCGUCACGGUGGUCGGCUCGUCAGGGGACCUUAGUCAGAGGAAGCUCCCGAGCAAGAGAUCGGACAGCGCGCACUGGCCUCGGGUGAGCAUAUACAGGGGUCAUCCGUUCGUCAGGAACCACAGCUCCGAGGCCGGCAAGCUCAUCAAUCUACCACCCACGAUGGAAGAGUUCAAAACCAUCAUUGGAGAGAAACUGAAAGUCGAUGGGGAGAAGGCGCUGGUCCUGAACCACGAAGGAUCAGAGAUCGACUCGGUGGACGUGAUCCGGGACAACGACAAGCUGUUCAUUGUCACCGAAGAGCAUAUGAAGAUGCUGGCGUCAAUGGAUUCCGUUUCCGCGGCUGCUUUGUAGGACCUUGUCUGCCGGUUCUUGUGCUGGCUGAUGGAAUACCUGUUCUCUUGCUCUGAAAGUCUGAAUAAUCCAGUCAUAUCGAACUGUGGCAACAAUUCAAGGAACGUGAUGAGUGCCACACGAGUAACCUGUGAUGUUUUCCGUUCUUAAACGGAGACUAGCUAGCAGAGUACAGAUAGUGACUCGUAGUGCAAACGCACGAAUGAUGUAGACAUUUUUGAAUGGAAAAUCGGCCGUAAAUAGGCCUCGACCGUUGUUGUAAACA